CAACUGAAUGUGCAAUUCGGUGUGUGUGCCUCAAUGGAGGUGAUAUCUGUGAUAUGUGGUGUGGCUGGCGUAGGCUGCGCUAGGCCGAAGGCAGUUUCGGCCGCGCAAACAGUGAACAGGGGGGAGUGCAAUUAGUGAGCUUGUCAGUUUUUCCCUUCUUUUUAACCAAAAGGAAAUCUGGUCCCGAUGCUAGCGGUUAAACGAACUGCCGGAUGUCGCUGCCGGUUUCCGGCAAGCGAAAUGGAUGCAAUCCCGUCGGCUGGCGGGUUCUCACAGGUUUGUUUUUGACCGCCUGCAACACCUGCAGCUUUCCCCAGAUUUUCCGUGUGACCGGAAGCAGCGCCAAGGCCGGUAUUGAGGUUCCUGCGUCGUACUCUGUUCCGCUUGCAUGUGGUGCUCCCCUUGCUUGGGGCUCGGCGAUUGAAUGCUGCCGGCUGUCGCGAAAGUGUGAUCCUCCUUUGCCUCGACCGAGGGGGACGAUGGCUGACCAGGCAGCCCUUUUGGUGGCUUCCUAGUUUCUGGGACGGUUGGGCUUAUCGGAAUGACUAUGUGUCAUUUUCCUCCGCCCCCAGGUACUGAUUAUUCCUCGGAUGCU